AGAGAGAGAGAAGACGUAAUGGAGUAAUUCCGCUGCAAUGCUCGUCAUUUGUAUUAGAUUUCACCAAUUCUGCAGCGUGGAGAUGCAAUGAAGGCCUCUAUGUGGGCUUCGUGUUGUGGUUUAUUGAACGAUUUGAUUGGUUCGGGGGCAGUUCGGAGCCAUCAGGCUGGGUUCGGGGGUGGAGCCGGGCCAUUCAGGUUUGCCCCUGGUGCUGGAUACUCCGCCUACCCUUCAACGAGCACCUCUCAAUCACCGUCUAGCCCUGCUCCUUCAAAUGGAACAGUGUGCAAAGCCUGUGGUCUCGCCUUCUCCGUCUUCAGAAGAAAACAUGUGUGUUCAGACUGUGGGCGGAGCUUCUGUGCACUCUGUAGCGUGCUGCAGGAGAACCUGCGGCGCUGCUGUGUGUGCCACGCCUUGUGGGCGACUGCUUUCGAACGGGCACGCCUCAUGCGUUUGCGAGUGCGCGACCUGCGCCGUUACCUUACACUGCGUGACAUUAGUACGGAUGCGUGCACUGAGAAGGAGGAACUCGUCGAGCUCGUACUGCAGCACAUGGGGGUGGAUCUUCAGGAGGAGGAAGAGGAGGAGGAGGAGGAUUUGGAGAGUGAGGAGGCAAACAUUGAAGCUGCACCCUCUGCUUUAGCCCUGCCUGUUGAUGCUGCACCCACCACCCCCCAGCAGCCUGCAUUGUCUGUCUCAGCCCCUCAGGAAGAAACACACCGCACUAACAACAGCUCAGGAACCAGCCAGGAUGGUGGGGACGUUGCCUCUGUGUCUCUCCUCCCCCUGGAGAACAAUGAACGUUUACUAGAGUCCAGCCCAGUGACUCAGAGGAGGGCUCGAGCCUCUAUCUCUGAUCUCGCCAGCGAGGAUGACAUCGAGUUGUUAACCGUUCGGCAGCUGAAGGAAAUUCUUGCCAGGAACUUCGUGAAUUUUUCCGGCUGCUGUGAGAAAUGGGAGCUGGUGGAGCGUGUGCAGCGUUUAUACAGGGAGCACCAACUCAACCGCACUUCCUUGGAAAACAUGAGCAACAGCAUCACCGCAGUCGUGGCAUAUCCUCCUUCUAUAUGUGAUGGAGAUGUUGGAGGUGUAGCUCCUCUCAGUACCCUGGAUGAAAACGUGUGCCGUAUCUGCAUGGACGCUGUGAUCGACUGUGUCCUGCUCGAGUGUGGUCACAUGAUCACCUGCACCCGCUGUGGCAAGAAAAUGAACGAGUGUCCCAUCUGCAGGCAGUACGUGGUGCGAGCUGUCCAUGUCUUUAAGUCCUAAACACACAAACACAAACAUGCACACUAACAGCCUUCAUCUUCCUGACUGAAUCAGGUUCUGAAACGAUUGAAGGUUACAUCAUGGCUACAUCCCAAAUUCCUCCACAAGGAGACGAGUGUCAGGCUGGUCAGAGUCUGAAGAGGCUCUGUUUAAUUCGUGUUUUUGAAUGCGCUCUUGUUGCCUUCUCCUAGGGACACAGAGGUCAUAUGAGUGUGCACUCACAGCACAGUUGAGGGAGAUUGUUAAUGGGGCACAUUAUAGCUAUCUUGUUUAUUACCUAGUGCGGUAUAUACUGUAACUAGCACCAAAGUAGCAAUUCCAUCAGCUGUCAUGUACAGAUAGAGAGACAAUCUAAUGUUUGAGGUGUGAACUGUUAAGCCCCUAUUUACACUUAUAAUCAGCUUUAUCUAUUUACCAUUUGGAAAAGGCAACUGCGACGAAAUUCAUCAGUGCCUUCUGGAUAAAACUUACUGACACUGACUUGACCCCACAUCUUUUGCCGACUUAUUGGCCGUCGAAGAUUCCUCUAACCAACCUACUGUAACUCGGGCUGCAAAAUGAAUCAAAGUAAGCAUUACUAGGGGACAUGGGGAGGAGGAGUGGACAAGGGCGCAUUAAAAACAGUAUUGGAAUGCAGCACGCUUAGUCUUUCUGUGUGUACCGUGUGUGUUAAGUGUGUGUAGGCAUGUGUAGAAGGUAUAAGAUGAAAAAAAGAAGUGUGAAGGUCCUCCUUGCUGUAGCAGAACUAAAGCCAGCAGUGAAAAGAGGUGCCAAAUGUACUCAGCAUUACCAGUUGAAUUGGUGUAGUUUAAUACAGUUUUUAUUGAUAAUAAGUUCCUAUAGAAUCAUAAAUAUUAGCAUAUCAACUACAUCAAUGAAUUUCUAAAAUACAACACCAGACACUGACUGGAAAAUAACCAAAAACAUCUUUGCUGAAUUACAUAAUUGCUGAAUUAAUUAUAAGUUUUAAAUUCAUAUUUUGACAGAAUACUUGGCAUCCUCUUCUCAAAUGGCCAUUAAGGUUCAAACUUGCUAAUAUUUAAGUUUGUGUAAAACAUAAAAUGCUAAUUUAUAAGUUAUUGUUUUGUACCCUAUUUUAUUUAAUAUUUUUAUUAUUAAUAUUUUGUCAUAGCUUUCUUUAUUAAUUGAUACUUAGCUACUAUUUCUAACAUCUCCACUAACACUCCUUGUGGUAACACUAUUUUGUUGUGGUAGCAGCUAGUUACUUGUUCUGCUAACAUCCUGCACUUCCCUGACAACCUCUCAUUGUUAAAGUGAAGCAGCUAGCUCUAGCUCGCUAAUAGUUAACUUAUCUUUCUGAGUUACCAUAGCUAGCUAACUUUUUCUGGAUAGCUAACCUAGUCCAACCUACCAAUGACAACCUUUGUUGUAACGCUCACCAGCCUGAUAGAUUUAAUAUUUUUAAAGUAAUUUUAAAACUAUUUUUAGAAGAUAUUAAACCAGCUAGCUAUUUUGAUAAUUAUUUAGCUGUUUAUGUUUAGCUACUUUACUGAAAUUCCUGUGUUGUAGCUAGCUAGCCUUUCCUGUUUAAUCCCAACUGAAUAUUGUUUCUUUUUUGAUCUUGCACUAUGAAUUUGAGGAUUAUUUAAUUCACACAGUAUUUUGUUUUUAUGUGAAUCUUACAUGUAACUGCAUUUAUACAGUAGCUGUGUAUCUGCUCAAAGUAAUUGUAUCUGUGUUUAAUGCCUCCUUAUUUUAUUUAUUACUAUCAUAAUUGUAGUUUGUUUGUAUAAUUUUCUUUAAUAAUUGGUAGUUAGCUGCUAUGUUCAGUUAUUCCACAGAACAAGUUCUUUGUGUAACAUUUUUUUUUUUUUUUUUUAGGUAUUAGUUAACUGCCUGUUUUGCUAACAAACUUAAUUUGCAACUAUUAGCUAGCUAGCUAUGUUUCUGUUUAGCCAACAUUCCUGAUGGUUUAAGGCUUGCUAGACCUUUCUGUUUGAUCCCUAUAACCUAAUAGUCUUUUCAUUAAUCUUUGACAAUGAUUUUUUUCUUUGCCACUGGUAUUUUGUUUUUAAAUGAAUAUAACGUAUAGAUAGUUAGAGCAGAUCUGUGUAUCUUCACACACAGUAUAGAAUUAUAUACAUUUUCCAGGUGGAAAACUGCUAUUCCAUAAACAGUAACUGAAAUAGAGAUGUGUGCAUCACUAUAGGCUACACUAAAUCUAUGCCCUAUUUUCUACUCUGUACUCUUUAUUUCCUAGUCCCUAUUCCCUACCCACUAUUUCCUCUUCUCUAUUCCCUACCUGCUAUUAUCAACUGUAUAUUCUGUACUCUAUAUUCCUUACUCUCUUUCCUACUCAUUAUUCCCUACUCAGUGAUUCCUAUUAUUUCUUAUCUACAAUUGAUUUCUCCCCAUUUACUUUUGAGUAUUCUCUGCUCAGUGUUUCCUACUCAUUAUUUCCUAUUCCUUAUUCGCCCAACUCGCUAGUCUCUGACUAUAUACUACUCAUCCAGAUGGACUUAGACUUAUCUCAUUAAACAUCUGAGCAGUUGAUGGUUAAGGGCCUUGCUGAGAGGCCCAACAGUGGCAGCUUGGUGGUACUGCGGUUUGAACUUGUGACUUCCAGCCAGUAGUCCAACGUCAUGACCACUGACUUGCCCCUGCUCUACUCCCUAGUCAUGACUCCCUAUUUACUCUUAACUUAUUCAUAUUAUUUAUUCCCGUUUGCUUUUCACUUCUCCCCACUGACUUUUCACUACUUUAUACUCAUUAUUCUGUUUCUUAUUUCAUACUCUCUACACCUUGUCCCUUACUAUUCCCUACUCGUUCCUACUCCCUGUUCUCCAUCCCCUACUCACACUUUUCUACUGCCUAUUCCCUACAAACUAUUUCCAUUUUUACUUUCUAUUCCUGAUUUCCUAUUCCCUAUCCAGGGUUUCCUCUUUCUACCUUUCCCCAUUUACUUUUCCCUUGCUAUUCCAUACCCUUUCUUACUCCUUAUUUGCUAUCACCUACUUACACAUUUCUAGUAACUCUUCCAUACUCUCUUCUCACUAUUCUCCACUUCCUACAAGUGGCAAAGUGCAUUAUAGGCAUUCUGUACCAGGGAUUAAUUGACAGUGUUGAUUUUUCUUUUUCUGUCUGUUUUUCCCGCCACCAAUUGAGUCCAUAUAAGCAGGGUCAAGAAAAAAAUCCAGAUGAUAACUCAUUUAAUAAUUUAACCUUCAUGUGAAUUUUGAAAGAAAUUACAGGUUGCAUGGUGUGUUAUUUUUCUGCAUCUAUAAUAAUUUACACAUUCUGCCACGAAUACAUGGAUUGAAAAUUUUGUAUAAAAAAAGAAAGAUUUUACUUCGAACCUGUGAGACUGUAACACACUUUAUUACUAUAUAUAUAUAUAUAUAUAUAUAUAUAUAUAUAUAUAUAUAUAUACACACACACACACACACACACACACUGUUGCCUGUACAAUAGAUGAUUUUUAGAUAAACAUAUGAAAAAUAAGAUUACAGUUUGAAUUAUUUGUGAGGACCUGAUAUAAAUCAUGUCUUUUAUUGUGUGUGGGUUUAAUGUGCAAUUUCUAAAAGGUGUCACUUGUAGGAGCAGAGCAGAUGACACACACUAUAGAUAUACUCUAUGUAAGAAAUGAAACACUUUUGAGGGUUGCUAUAUUUUGAAACUUUUUAUUUUGUUAAUAUUAAAGAUGAUUUAAUGAAUUUAAUAAAAUA